AGACGUACUACUAAUGCAAAAAUAAAGGCAACACGUAAAGUGUUGACAUCUUACUUUAGAAUGGAUCCAUCAUGCUCACAUUCUGGGUGUGACAUAUAUGAGGGGACAAAUGAAGUCCCCUAUGAAAGCAAUGCAGAGAAUAAGACUGAUAGAGAAUCAAGUAUGGUAAAUAGAAAAUCAAACCAUCAAAAUAUAAGACAACAAAUAGAGGAGCUAGAACGGCAAGACUUCGAGGAGGAGAAUCGGAUAAUAAAUCAUUGUUCGGGGAUGCUUGUUGAAAGGAAAAUCACUGCCACAUCACAUUAUCAAGGAAGCUUGUCAAGUGCCAGCUCAAGCCUAGCAUCGAGUCUAGCCUCUAGCUCUGAAACGAUAUCUAAUAUUUCUCAUCUAUCCAAUAAUGACUAUAAUCUUCCAGGAUGCAGUAAAUCUCUAUGUAGUGAUAGUAACGCAACAAUUAAAAACAUGAUGCGUUCACGUAAAUACAAUCCUGAAGAAAUGAAAAAACCGGACACUUAUAAACCGGAUUUCAUGCAGAAGCUUCUCAGUAGCAAUACUCAGGAGAAGAAAGAUUUCCCAAAAGGGAAGAUGUAUAAAGCUGAUGCGUUAAUUUGCGAAGAGACGGAGGGCUGUGACGUGGACGGUAGAGGUGGGCCUUCCGGGCGGACCAGUUCCAACGCUUCCAGUAUUGGCAGCUCUGGUUCGGAUAACUCGAAGGACUUCAGCGUGCCGUCGACAUCGAAUGCGGAAAAGUUGCUGGGCCUGGAUGACAGCAGAAGAAACGAGGCGGGUAGUUCUCAAUCCACUAACUACAUGAGCCCGUACGGCGACGCCGAUGAUGAUUCUGAUGACGACGUCAACGAGGAAGCCUGGUGUACGUGCCUCUCGUCGCAUGAGGACGACGACGAGGAAGAGGAUGAUGAACCCGAUUCGGAACCUGAGAGGAUUUGGAGGAAAAGGCGUUACGAACCACCUGUGCCACCGCCACAGUCGGCCAAGAAAUUCUGCCAUGAGGGUUCAAUUGCUAACGCUGUCGGUCAAGAUGGUAACUGGCAUAACAUCCAAGGCAUCGCCCCCGCCGCCGUCCAAGGUCCACCUGAGAUGAAGCAGUGGCUAAACAAGUUUCAAUCAUGGUCAAACAAUGAGAAGUUCCAAGCUAUUGAUGCUCUGAUCAGUCGCUGCCCCAAUAGUCACGUCCGGUACAUGAUGAAGGCCAUCGAACCGCUGUUCCAGCGGGAUUUCAUCUCCCUGCUGCCGAAGGAGCUGGCUCUCACUGUGCUGGGUUACUUGCAACCUAAGGACUUGUUAAGAGCCGCGCAGACUUGCCAAUAUUGGAGAUUCCUGGCAGACGAUAAUCUUUUGUGGAAAGAGCAAUGUCGACGCAUCGGCAUCACUACACUCAAGAAGAUGCCGCGGUCCAUUCCGCGCUUCACCAGUCCAUGGAAGGCGGCUUAUAUGCGUCAGUACUUGAUCGAGAACAACUGGCUGUAUAAACCGGUUCAUAAUCCCAUCAUAAUGCGCGGUCACGAUGACCACGUCAUCACCUGUCUGCAGUUCUACGGGAAUCGCAUCUUGAGUGGCAGUGAUGAUACUACGCUGAAAGUGUGGUCGGCGGUAACAGGAAAGUGUCUGCGUACUUUGGUCGGACACUCGGGCGGUGUGUGGUCUUCUCAAAUGGUCGGAGAUCUGGUCAUCAGCGGUUCAACCGAUAGAACUCUCAGGGUGUGGAAUGCUAAGAGUGGGCAGUGCUUGAAGGUUCUCGCUGGCCACACCUCCACUGUGCGCUGCAUGCAUCUGCAUCAGGACAGGGUGGUAUCUGGUUCCCGGGAUGCCACACUUCGCGUGUGGUCCAUAUCUGAGGGGCGGUGUGUGCGCGUGCUGGUGGGGCAUCUGGCAGCGGUCCGGUGCGUGCAGUACGACGGCAAGGUGGUUGUAUCCGGCGCGUAUGACUACUUCGUCAAGGUCUGGAAUCCGGACACUGGCGAGUGUCUCCACACGUUGGCCGGACACACCAAUAGGGUGUACAGCUUGCAGUUCGAUGGAGUGCACGUAGUGAGCGGUUCUCUGGAUACGUCGAUCCGUGUGUGGGACGUAGAGUCGGGUCAGCUGAAGCACACACUCACUGGCCACCAGUCGCUGACUUCUGGCAUGGAGCUGCACUCCAACAUACUGGUGUCAGGGAAUGCUGAUUCCACCGUCAAGGUCUGGGACAUCACUACAGGCCACUGUCUACACACACUGUCCGGUCCGAACAAACACCAGUCCGCUGUUACUUGCCUACAAUCCAGUAACCGUUUCGUAAUAACCUCCUCUGACGAUGGCACUGUCAAACUCUGGGAUCUCCGCACUGGAGAAUUCAUCCGCAAUCUCGUUGAGCUGACUUCCGGCGGAUCCGGCGGAGUUGUAUGGCGGAUCCGCGCAUCUGCCACUAAGCUGAUUUGCGCCGUCGGCUCUCGUAACGGCACCGAGGAGACUAAACUCCUGGUCCUCGACUUCGACGUUCCUGGUGCAUGCCGAAAGUGUGAUGAAUAGCAUCGACUUAAUCGACGCCUGCUGCGUCGCUACGCUAACAUGUACGCACCGUGGCAUUGUUAAGCCAUUAAUCGAGAUUAACAAUCGAUAAUCGAUCGAUUGUCAUAAAUUCCUUCACUGGUAGACUACCGCAAUAUUUUUUUUGAUACAUGUCAAUGGAAUGGUGGUCCCGGCUGCGGUAAUGGUGUACGCUGACGGGGCACCAGUGAAUGAUGUAAGGGUGAAAUCGGGUCGCUUCUCCGUCGUGGCGAACUCAAUAAAAUGUUUGUCACAACGGCUUGCGGAAGACAGAUUGCUAGGAAUGGGGUCAUAAAACCCAAUUGCUAUCAAUCCCCACUCCGCUAGUGUACAGAUAGCCCUAUUGUUGCUGGUUGUGACGUAUCCGAAUGAGUUUCAGUACGUUAUCGGACUCGUGUGUGUAGUAGCAGUGUAAAUAAUACUCGACGUGGUAGUUCACCAGUGCGGGCAGUGCAGAUUAGUUAGUACGGUGCGGUGCGGGCACAAGUGCAGGCGACCAUCAUCCAGAUCCCACCGGACUGCGGUAAUGGGGCGUAAUGUUCACAUGGACCCAUAAUAAUAAUACGUGUAAAUCUCGACACUCACAACAUUUAGCGUUCAGUUCAGUUACAGUUUAGUAUAGUGUUCGUCUAUAGAUAGAAAUGGUGGCUACCGACCAUCUCGCAUUGCCAAAUUGAAACAUAUAAACUUAUAUAUUCCAUUUAUCCCAAAGAAUUAAUGAAAACAAAAUUGGAUUUUAGCUCUAAGUUAUUUUAUAGACAUCCCGCAACUUGUUUUACUUCGAAUAUGUGUCUAUAUUGAUUUGUUUAAUUCAUAUUUGCAUUUCGCAUUGUGUUGUCCCAUAAUAUUCAUGUGACUUCAAUUUGUUUUAUAAUUAUUCCAAUUAUACUAUUAUUUUAAUCGACAUUCGUUUCUUAUUAUUUUAUUUUUGGUUUUAACUAUUUGACAUUCAAUUAUUUAUAUUUUACUUGUAUAAUAAUUUCUUAUCCUUACAUAAUUAUUUUCAAUAUAUCCUGUAUAAUUAUGACGGUAAAGUAUAUAUUAUAAUCUGUAAUCGUCGUCUUACCAUAGAUUCAUUGCAGAUUACUUAAUCGUGAAUUAUAAUUAAGUAUUUUAUCAACUUAACAUGAUGAAUAUUUAACAAUACUCUUUGCCGUUCAGACGUGAAGUUGGUAAUAUAACCACUUGAAUUAAUAGCCAACAUUCACUGUCCUGGAGGCAAUAUGUACUACAUCAAUAGUAGUAAGUAUUUAAAAAAAAUAUCCCAAUAUUUAUAUCCAAUAUCUAUUUGAAAAUAUAAUCUUGUAUAUAAAUUGUCUGAAGUAAACAUUUGAGGUAUUGUCUAUUCAGUACAUUCAGAGAACCUAAAAU